AUGUCGGCUGAGGAACAGCUCACAGCUUUGAAGCAGAAACUUGAGGCUCUAGAGACGAAGCUCAACCAGCAGACAGCAAGUGGGAGUACCGGUUCUGAAUCCCCUCAGCAGAUUACCGUCAAAGUCCCCAGAGAGCGCAAACUCAGAAGGUUUGCUGGUGGCCGAGAGGAUGGUGUCCUGGAGGAAUGGAUCAGUGAUGCUAAGCGUGCUAUUGCUGGGCAUACCGAAUCCGAUGCCAUCGACUUCCUCUUUUACCAUCUGGAAGGGGCAGCCAAAGAGGAGGUGCAUCUCCGCCCAGCCGAUGACCGAAAUAGCCCAACGGCCAUUUUCAAGGUCCUUCGCGAUUGUUUUGGCGAAGGCCUGACGGGAACCCAGGCUCUGCAGCGAUUCUUUGAACGAAAACAACAUGACCGAGAAUCAGUGAGGGAAUUCUCCCAUGCACUGAUGGUGCUCUUGGCACGCGUGGAGCGCCUGGACGAGGGAGCUGUAACCGACAAGGACAAACUACUACGGGACCAGUUUCUCGAGAACCUCAGAGACCCCCAGCUCCGAAGGGAUAUCAAACGUUGGGUACGGGACCAUCCUACAAAGACCUUUCAGCAGAUACGGGACGAGGUUCAGUGCUGGAUGGAUGAGGAUGGUAGCUCCGAGAAACGUUCUGCAAAGGUUCGUGAGGUCACGGAAGAGCCUACCUGUGAAGAAGCUAGGGCACUGCCCAAUCUGCAGAGUGUGGUUAAGGAACUCGUGGCUAGCCAAAAGCUCCUUGCUGAAAAUCUGCAAAAGCAACAACAACUCCUGGCCGAACACAUAAGCAGUCAGCAGUCAACCCUGGAAAGGCAACAGCGAAGCAUUUCCCAGCUGAUGUCCCAUAGCCGUAACACGUGGCAGCCCGGCUGCUUCGGCAACCUCCACAAGCUGGACCCAUUUAUCGAUAAAGAAGGCCUCCUUAGAGUUGGCGGCCGACUCAGAAGUGCGACAUCCCCAUACGAAAUCAAACACCCUGUCAUCGUGCCUAAAAAGAGCCACGUGACUACUCUCCUCAUACGCCAGUUCCAUCAUGGGAAGCAGCAUCACCAAGGCUACGGCAUGACGUACAAUGCCAUCCGCCAAGCUGGGUACUACAUCAUCAAUGGUCGUUCCGCAGUUUCCCACAUCGUUGCCAAGUGUGUAACGUGUCACAGGUUACGGGGCCAUGUGCAAGACCAAAAGAUGGCAGACCUACCCUCUGAGCGAACCACACCAGCUCCUCCAUUCACCUACACUGGAAUGGAUGUGUUCAGCCCGUUCUACAUCAAAGAAAGAAGAAAAGAGUUAAAACGAUGGGGACUAAUAUUUACCUGUCUCUCUUCCCGCGCGAUACACUUGGAAACCUUAAACUCCAUGACGUCAGACUCGUUCUUGAAUGCACUCAGAUGCUUUAUCAGCCGUAGAGGAAAGGUUCGUGAGCUCAGAUCCAAUCAGGGAACUAACUUUGUCGGCACAAAGAACGAACUAGUUGCUGUGCUCAAAGAGCUAGACACUACACCCCUGAAGGAAUACUUGUCUUCCCAAGACUGCGAUUGGAUCGACUUUAAUCUCAAUGCUCCUAAAGCUUCACAUAUGGGUGGUAUAUGGGAACGCCAAAUACGCACAGCACGCUCGGUCUUAUCAGCACUGCUACUAAAGCAUAGCACCCAGCUAGACGACGAAGCGCUACGUACAUUCAUGACUGAAGCCGAGUGUAUAGUGAACUGUCGUCCCCUGACAAUAGAGAACCUGACAGAUCCAUUAACACCUGAACCGCUGACCCCAAACCACCUGCUGACACUUAAGACUCAAGUUGUGUUACCUCCACCUGGAAAAUUUGAGUCGCCGGACCAGUAUUCUCGUAAAAGAUGGCGAAGAGUUCAGUACCUCGCUAAUCAACUCUGGUUAUGCUGGCAAAAAGAAUACUGCGCCCUACUCCAAAAGCGUCAGAAGUGGACCACACCCAAGAGAUGUAUGAGAAAAGGAGAUGUCGUACUAGUCUGUGACAAUGAAUCUCCAAGAAAUCAAUGGCCUUUAGCUGUGGUGUCUAAGGUAUUCCCCAGCGGCGACCAACUUGUCAGAAAAGUACAGAUCACGACAGCCAAAGACGGAGAAAGAAGGUUCUUGGAGCGACCAGUACAUAAGCUCGUGCUACUUUUAGCAAAAGAGGACAAUGAGAACUGA